GCUUUCUCGGUCGUUCAAAUUACACUUCAACCACGCCACCCACUCUACGAUUCAAUUGACUUUGGUUUGCCAUAGGCACCGUGUUCCCCCGACCGCCCCAGCUCCUUGCUAGGUGUCAGCUGACGCGUUGUCAAACACUAGAUUUAAGUCAAAUAACCAAGACGUGGACGGCGGCGGUGGUUUCGCGCGAUUUAUCAAAAUUAUGUCAGAAAAAAGUGUUUCGGCCGGACAAGUUCAAAAUUCAGAAUUGCUUCGUGAAAUUGCUGCGAAAUUAUUGAAGGCGACAACGACUCCGAAUGGCACAGUCACACGUGUUGACACUUUAGUAAACGCGUUCAUCGACGAGAAGUUCAGGGAACUGCGCCUCCCAGCUCUGCCGGUGAAAAUUGAGUCCCAAGUAGAACUCUACCUCACCGCGGAGGAUUCGGAGCAUUUGGAAUCGUCUGGAGAUGACCUCUGGAUUUUCGGGUACGGGUCCUUAGUGUGGAAGGCGGACUUCCCUUACGUCUCACGCCGAAUAGGCUUCAUUAAAGGAUUCGAGAGGAGAUUCUACCAGAACAGUAUCGAUCACCGCGGGACUGCUGAGAAGCCAGGACGUGUGGUCACCCUACUUCCGUCCUCGGACCCAAAUAGUCUCGUGUGGGGUGUCGCGUAUCGUAUAGCGGCCCAGGAUCGGGAGGACGUCAUAAAGCACUUGGACUUCCGAGAGAAGAAUGGUUAUGAAAGGCAUGCGACCCACUUCUACCCUUACUCACCAGAUCAUGGGACGUCCUUCAGUCCGCAGGACAUCGUUGUCUACGUAGCUACAGAGCAGAAUGAUUCGUACGUAGGUCACAUCAACGACCUGGACCUGAUAGCGGACCAAGUGUAUCUGGCCGAGGGUCCGAGUGGCACCAACCGGGAGUACGUGUACAAGCUGGCGAAUGCAGUGCGCCAGUUAUUCCCAGGCGAGGUAGAUGCCCAUUUAUUCGCUUUAGAGGAGAAGGUGAGGGAGCGUGAGGCGCGAGACAUUGUGCUCAUUAGGAAACUGAAGGAUGACAUUACUGAAAUCAUCGAAGGGGCUGUGAAAUGCAAGUUGGAGAAUUUAGAUACAAUACACGAUUUAGUUAACAGAAAAUUCCAGGAAUUCAGCGAAAAGUAUAGGAAAACGAGAAGCAAUGGGAAAGUGGCUUAGAGUUUUUAUUUUAUAAUUAGGAGUAUUAAUGAAUUGAUAGUUAAGCAAAGCUUUCCAUGUGAAGCUAAUAUAAUAAAUUAAUUACCAAUUA